AUGUCCUAUCCUCUACUUUUCUUGAACGGAUCUGGAGUUGGCAAUGGAUCUUUAUCACCUCUCUCAGUAACAGGAGAGCCCAAGCAGGACUACCCAAGUGAGGAACAAGGAAACAAAGUGCGUUGGGCAGCUUUGCUGAUCCUCCUGGUGAUAAUCCCCACCAUCGGGGGGAACAUACUUGUCAUACUGGCAGUGUCUCUGGAGAAGAAGUUGCAAUAUGCCACCAACUACUUUUUGACGUCCUUGGCAGUGGCAGAUUUGCUCGUGGGUCUGUUUGUGAUGCCGAUUGCCCUUCUCAUAAUAUUAUUUGACAACGCCUGGCCUUUACCAACUGCCUUGUGUCCUAUCUGGCUGUUCCUUGAUGUCCUCUUUUCCACAGCUUCCAUCAUGCACCUCUGUGCCAUCUCACUAGACCGCUAUAUUGCGAUUAAAAAGCCAAUCCAGGCUAGUCAAUACAAUUCGUGGGCUACAACGAUCAUCAAAAUCAUCGUGGUUUGGCUCAUUUCAAUAGGCAUUGCUAUUCCGGUCCCUAUCAGAGGCAUUGAGGAUGGAGAUGGCAACUCUACAAACAUCACGUGUGCCUUGAUGCCCGAUCGUUUUCACGACUUCAUUCUCUAUGGAUCGGUGGCUGCGUUCUUCAUUCCCCUCGCUAUCAUGAUCGUUACUUAUUUGCUGACAAUCCAAGUGCUACGCAAGAAAGCCUACUUGAUCAACAAGCCACCUCAGCGUUUCACUUGGUCAACAGUGUCCACAGUAUUUCAGCGUGACACAACUCCUGCCUCCUCACCAGAAAAGGUGGCUAUGCUAAAUGGCUCCAGAAAGGACAAGAUUUUGUCCAGUGACAUGCCUAUCUGUAGAACAUCUACAAUUGGGAGGAAGUCCAUGCAGACAAUAACCAACGAACAAAGGGCAUCAAAAGUUCUGGGCAUUGUAUUUUUUCUUUUCUUGUUGAUGUGGUGCCCAUUCUUCAUUACAAACAUAAGUUCAGUUCUGUGCAACUCCUGCAACAAGGAGGUUUUCCAAAAGCUUAUGGAGAUAUUUGUUUGGAUAGGCUAUGUAUCCUCAGGAGUGAACCCACUUGUCUAUACACUCUUCAACAAAACAUUUAGGGAGGCUUUCAGCAGGUAUAUCACUUGCAACUAUCGGACCACAAAGCCUAUCAAGGCCCUUCGGAAGCGCUCCAGGAGGAUCUCUUUCAGAAGCUCUGUGGCAGAAAACUCCAAGCUCUUUGUCAUGCACGGGAUGAGAAACGGGAUUAAUCCCAUUAUGUACCAGAGCCCAAUGAGGCUGAGGAGCUCACCCAUCCAAGCCUCAUCAGCCAUUCUGCUGGACACAUUGCUGCUCACAGAGAGUGAAGUUGAUAAAACAGAAGAACAAGUCAGCUAUGUAUAGUGCAAUGGCAGCUGAGUCCAUGUCAUAGUGUCACUGUAUGUAUUACUCUAGUUAACUGUGCUAUAAGAGGGUAUAAAUACUACUGUUUUGUUAUUUAUGUAAGCAAUAUCUUAUAAAUUUCUGUUAAUUCCUCUCCUCCAAAGUUUCUUCUACUUUAAUCCCAAUGCCAGAGUGGCAACACCAACUUCAUUCCAUGAUAAAUGACUAACACAGAACUGUAGCCUACAGGAAGAGGGAAAUAAAUAAAAGC